UGUGGGAAAGAGACACCUCUUCAGUCUGAUCACUGAGCUGCAGAGUUUUGAGCUUCAGCUGGGAUCUUACUCUCCAGUGUGUUUGCCAAGAGAAAUAUAUUCUCUCAGCAUGGCUCGUAGGCUGGAGUUAAAUCAUGAACUUUCUAAACUUUUCAAUGAGCUAUGGGAUGCAGAUGUUAACCGCUUUGUGCCUGGGAAAGAUUAUACAAUUGACUUACAGGAAAAAGCAGGCUUUGUACAGCAGGGUAGCGGGGUUGCAAGGGACAGUGCAUCUGAGCCUCUGUUUCGCUACGUAAAUGAAGAGCGACUGAAGAGCAUAAAAACUUUUGCAGCUUUUGUUUCCCUAUUGGACAACUAUGAAACGUCAACUGGUGUAGCAGAAGUUGUGACCCCACAAGAAAUGGCUGAAAACAAUCGUUUUCUUGAUGCUAUCUUAGAAACAGAAGUAAUGAAACUUACUCAUCAAUAUUUAGUUAGAAAAAAUUGGUCAAAACCCAGUCUUAAUGAUUUCAAGUCUCAGCUCUAUGGCAUCUGGUUUCAGCUAUACACCAGGGAAACAGGAAAGGGGCCUGAUUCCUGUGGAUUCGAACACGUGUUUGUCGGAGAAACAAAACAUGGAAAAGAGAUUCUGGGUUUGCAUAACUGGGUACAGUUUUACCUUCAGGAAAAGCAUAAACAAAUUGACUACAAAGGCUAUAUUGCCAGGAGGAAAAAUAGCAGGCCUGAUGAAGAUGAUCAAGUUCUGAGCCUACAAUUCAGCUGGAAAGGUCUAGUAAAACCUGUGGGAAGCACCUUUAUUGGUGUCAGCCCUGAGUUUGAAUUUGCCCUCUAUACAAUCAUUUUUCUACAGUCUCAGGAAAAGGUCACUCGUGAGAUGGUGCGGAUAGAGGAGUAUGAACUACAGAUAGUUGUGUAUCGCCAUGGUAAAUACAUUGGAACAGCGUAUCCUGUCCUCCUUAGCAGCAACAAUGAAGAUUUGUAUUGAAAAGGGCCAAGCUAACCUGAUUUUCUUUUUGAGUUUAACUGUAGUUUUGUAUAAUUUUAAAUGUCAUGUUUGGAAUAAUUUCCUUUUGUUCUGUAUUAAGAUGCUUAACCUAAGAUGUGCCUUUUAAAGAAACGUUCAGUGCCUGUCCAGGCUUUGAAAUCCUUUUUAUCACCGUAACCCAAGGAUGAAAGAAAUUGUACUAAAGUGCCUUCAUAAAUCUGUACUUUAACUUCCUGACCAGACAACAGUUUUUUAAACUAUCCCCUAUUAAAAUGAAUAUAGGGUUUUGAUCAAACCAUAUAAAAUACAGACCAGAAUAUCCCAUAAUAAGUGAGUCUUGUGGCGUUAGUGUUGAAAUUAAGCCCUCUGUUAUAGCAGUGUAAAACAAUACUGCAUAGCUGUAUUUUGUGUUCCCAUCCUCAGUUAUAGGCUGAGAAAAGGAUUUCUGCCAAUGGCAAUCUGGACAAUUAUGACAUUAUCCCUCCCCUUCCCAACCAGCACAAGCCUUAUGGACACAGAAGGAUUUCCUGGAAUGAAAGUCAGUGCAGCAUUUAUCACACUACAUCUAAUCACUCUUCUACAGGACAGGACACAUCUUAAAACAAUGAUUAAUGAAGAUUAGCAGGAAGCCAGAAUAAGUUGACUGCCUGAAGCCUGAGCUCUGAGGAGACAGCAAAGUCUCUGUCAACCCCAAAACCUAUUAAACUCCCCAAAAAACAGAACAGAAUGUGGCAGGGGAUGGAUUCUCCAAAAACAAUUUAAAAAUCAGUAGUAUACAGUAAGAGACUUUAGGCAAGGAAAAAUACGCCCGUGUCACUUGGGGUAGAAAUCCAAAUCUCAGCUGUACAGGAGGAGUCUCCUGAGAUAGUAACUACAAAUAACCUGCUGAAAAACUCUUGGCAGACAGUGAAACUUAGGAAAAGGAAGAUAGGAAAAGACAAAAGACUCUAGAGAUCCUGCUGGCAAUGGCAGAAGUGAAGCUGAACAAGAGAACUCAGAUACCUGAGGAGUAACCUAAAAAUUAAC